GGUUUGCUUAUUGGUGUUUCCAAACCUUGUUUUCUACAUUUAUUUUUGCCCCAUUUAUCGAUAUGUAGUUUAAGACUGUUGGUAUAUGCUAAUAAUACAGAGAGGUGAAAAAGGCUAUAAAAGUUGUUCGUAAUGCCUUGAAAUCUUGAAUUAGAUAUCGAAAAGCUACUGGAAUUCGAUGCCUGCACUUCUUACUUGUACAAGAACUUGCUUAUUUGUAGUCCUGUUGCAGCAAUGUGUCGUAGAUUAAGAUUAUUAGGAAAGCUUUCAGUCAAUUUCCCGUGUGGACGUGUUAUGAUGAUCAAAUCCUGUUGAAAUAUGACAUUAAGGGGAAUGUUCUAAGAAGUGGCGUGUGAUAGAUUAUAAGGCACAUUCUUCAUAUUAGCUAUAGUCGAGAGUAAAUAACAUGGAUUUUGAUAAUAUCAUGAGUUGAAUGUGGUACAUAGAUCUGACUAUAGUGUUUUGUUUGUCGAUCCAUUACCUCCAAAUCUAGUGCUUAAUGACUAUAUGUUACGAGAUGUGUCUUUCUCACAAGCUCUAUUACAAAGUUGCUAUUGUCAAUUUGCGGAAAGUGUUAGCUACCCAUCUACAUCAAUGCUAAAUUGUUCCGUACAAAUGAAUUCUUCAACAUACACUCCGUUUGUUGCCUCAAGAAGGAUGGGCAUAUGUGAGCCGAUCCAUCAAAUGGGCAUGUGGGAUGAUUUCAAUGCUAGUUGUCCGAGUACAUCGGCAACCAUGAUUCUAGAAGUUGAGAAAUGCCUAGAGGACCAGAUCCCUAUUAUGAUUGAGACAGAAGAUACUUCGCAUGGAACAGUAGGGACUUCUAAUAGAUAUGAAGCGGAAACAAGUAAACCCAUUGAGAAGGUACUUAGACGUCUUGCUCAAAACCGUGAGGCUGCUCGUAAAAGCCGUUUGCGGAAGAAGGCCUAUGUUCAGCAGUUAGAAAAUAGUAAAUUGAAGCUGAUUCAAUUGGAACAAGAACUAGAUCGGGCCAGAAAACAGGGUCUGCAUGUAGGUGCUGGUUUAGAUGCUAGCCAGCUAAGUUACUCUGGAACUGCUAGCUCAGGAACUGCUGUAUUUGAUACGGAGUAUGGUCAGUGGGUGGAAGAGCAAAAUAGACAAACAAAUGAUUUAAGGAAUGCUCUGCAUCAUUCUCAAAUUAGUGAAGCGGAAUUACGCAUUAUCGUUGAUGGUUGCCUGAACCACUACUUUGAGCUCUUCCGCGUUAAGGCUACGGCUGCUAAAGCUGAUGUCCUAUAUAUCAUGUCUGGCAUGUGGAAGACAUCAGCAGAACGCUUUUUUAUGUGGAUUGGGGGGUUUCGGCCAUCCGAACUUCUAAAGGUUCUCACACCACAUCCUGAGCUAUUGACAGAACAACAACUCCGGGAGGUUUGUAACCUCAGGCAAUCGUGUCAGCAAGCAGAAGAUGCCUUGUCACAAGGAAUGGUAAAACUUCAUCAGAUUCUUGGUGAGGCUGUUGCAGCUGGCCGAUUAGGUGAAGGGAAUUACUCUCUUCCGCAGAUGGGGCCUGCCAUUGAGAAGUUGGAAGCUCUUGUUAGGCAGAUCAUCUCCGCCAAGAAACACUUCAACAGAUGUCCCGCAUCCUGAAUACGCACCAAGCAGCUCAGGGCUUACUUGCCUUGGGGGAGUACUUUGAACAGCUUCGUGUUUUAAGCUCACACUGGGCUACCCGUCUUCAUGAGCCUGCCUAAUGAUGCAAUAGAAGAUCCCUUAGUACACCAUUCGACGAGUUUUGCCUUCAGAAAUUAUACUAUGUAAGCUAAAAUUUAGCUCUUGUUUAUGUCAAUAAAGCUCUCAAUAUGAAUGUAGGACAUUAAACUAGUUGUACAAAGGGUUUCCGAGAGUCUAUUGUGGCUUAUGUUUCCGAACAACUUUUGAACGCCAUGGAGAUGAGAAAUUGAUAUGUAAAUAACAUACGUCGAGCAAUGGCAUGUCUAAUAUCAUGUUGUGAUUUCUCGUGAGAAUGUUUUUCGAA